CUUUCUUUAAUAUUUCUUUACUUAUCCAUCCCGGCUUGGCCAAGUUACACGUUCGCGCCCGUUCCUACCAAGGUAUGCAUGCAUGCAUGCGUGUAAGCUUUCUAGCAUCCAUGAAUCCAUCCAUGCCCUCCCUCCUUCGGCACCUCACACGAACACCCCACCCAACCGCACCCCACACCAACACCAACACAACACCAUACAUCCACACCACACACCACACCACACACCACACACAUAUGCAGCCCUACUCUCCUGCCCCUAAUACCUCCCCUGUUCCCUUCCCCCAGUCCCAACCCGCACCAUCAAACCCCGGAAUAGUCUUACGAUAUGUAAGGACCUCGCAGCAGCAGCAGCAGCAGUAGCAGCAGCAAGCCUAGCCGCGCACCACGCUCGAAGGCAGGGAUGGAGCUUGUGUGAGGGUGCUGGAAUACGGCUGGAAGUAUGCUUUUUGUGGCGUGUGUGUUGUGUGUUGUGCUGUGGUGUGUUGUGUGUAUGGAAGGGUGGGUAUGUGUGUGCGCGGCGGCACGGGGUGUUUGUAGGGCGGAUUGGAAUGUGUUAUAGUUUCUGAAUCACGGUGGUGAUGAGGAGGGUGGUGGAUGGUGGAUGGUGGUGCUAGUGGUAUG